ACCAUUACAAUUCUUGUGCUUUGGAGAAGUACCAUUACUAUUCGCCUAUUCGGAAAGAUACCAUUACAAUUCUAGUUUUGUCACAGCAACACCAUGGAGUACGUAUCCGAUGGACUCGGGCCCAACCGCAGGCGUAUACCCCCGUCCGUUUUCCCGUAUGGCCCAUUUUGCCCCCGGCUCUAGAGGUAAAGGGCGUCGGGCCUCCUCUGUCUUCCGCGGCCGACCGCUAUCGUCGUCCUCCUCUGUCCUUCCCCUUUCCCUCGCCGUUGUGCUCCCCAAACCCUAGCUGACGGCGGCGAAUCCAACUCUGGCGCCGGCGGCGAGAAGAACCAAUCCGAAGGCCGUUGCGAUGGACCCUGUAGACCGCAAUGGGUGAUCCGCAGCCGCGCCUUCCGUUGCGCUCUCCGGUGGAGAUGGCGAACGACGACAGCGGGGUUUCAUUGUUCUCACUAGCUCUUAAAGUUGAAGGAUUCAGUUCCACAGACAGUAGUGGUAGAAAAGCAUACACAAAAGGACGCGUGAUUAAGUGGGAUGUUGAAGUAGGUUCUUUUUCUUUCGAUUUGCUGAUGAAUAGCCUGCGCAAUGAGUUCCAGUGGUCUAGUAGUCAGUCUGCUAGUGUAUGGUUCUAUGACAAAAGGAUGGGGGAAGAUGUCAAGCUAGAGAAUGAUUUGCAGAUGCAUGACAUUUUCGAAAUGUAUAAGGAUCAGAUGCAAUGCGACUUUAUUGUUGGGGUUUUUGACAGUUGUCAUAGACAGGCUUAUGAGUUUGAUGCUUUAGAGCCACUUUGUGUGAUCCCACCUGUUUAUUUUGGUGAUGAUAACCCUGAUCAGAUCCCACCCAAUAGCAAAGACAUGCCGGCUGGACUUGGUAAUGAUGUUGCCGAUCCAAUUGACCAUAAUUCUGGGGAGGCAGAAUUUUUACCAAUAGAUCCAGAUCCUGAGCUUGAGGCUGACAGGGAGCCUGAUAUCUUUGACAAUAGUGAGGAGUAUGUUGGAGUUGAUGAUGAGGUUCAGUUCAUGCCUGUACCAUCUCCUCGGGCAACUAACAAUUCAGCCCCAGAAUCAUCUAACAAUGCUGAAUAUCCUUCUUUUCAUGAUGCUGAUGAAUUUGAUGGGGUUCCCAAUGCUGAAGGAGAAACUCCUCCUGAGGCAGAGGUAAAUGAUGCAGAUCCAGAGGAGGUUCAGGUUAUCCAUGAUCCAGAAAACCCCAAGAUAGAAGUGGGAGAAAGGUUUCCUGAUAUUGUUGCAUUUAGGAAGGCAGUUAGGCAUUAUGCAGUUCUGACAGGGUUUGAGUUUGACAAGGUCAUCACAGACCAGACUAGGUUCAUUGCCAAGUGUAAAGCUGAAGGAUGUCCUUGGCGCAUACAUGCUUUAAGAAUCUCUCAUGGCAAGACAAUAGAGAUCAAAGUAUUGCCUGCAAAGCACAAUUGUCCAACUACUAAACUGAGAGAAGGGAGAAUGGCAACACAAGGCUGGUGUGCAGAUAGGUUGGGGGAUUGGCUGAAGAGAAAUCCAACUAAAGGUCCAAAGGAUUGUAAGGAAAAAUUAGAGGGGGAUUAUGGUAUCAAGCUCAAGUACUCCAAAGCAUGGUCAGGCAUGAAGGUAGCACUAGAGCAGAUCCAUGGAAAGUAUGAGGAGAGUUUUCAGCUUCUUUUCAACUGGAAAGCUCAGAUUGAGCAGUCAUCACCUGACAGCAUAGUGCAGAUAGAGUGUGAGAGGGUUCAGAAGAAGCAAAGGUUCAGGAGAAUGUUUGUAGCUCUUAGACCUUGUAUUGAUGGAUUCCUAGAGGGGUGCAGACCAUUUAUAGGUGUUGAUGCAUCCAAUUUGUAUGGCAAGUACAGAGGACAGUUGGCAUCCGCAACUGGUGUAGAUGGCCACAAUUGGCUGUAUCACAUUGCAUAUGCAAUUUUUGAUAAAGAGAAUGAGGACAACUGGGUUUGGUUCAUGGAACAGUUGCACAGAGCCAUUGGCAAUGUUCCAAACCUAGUUAUUUGUACAGAUGCUUGUAAAGGUCUAGAGACAGCAGUUGGAGCUGUAUUCCCUAAUGCUGAAAAUAGGGAAUGCAUGAGGCACCUGUACCAGAAUUUUAUGAAGCAGUACAUAGGUGAUGUCUUCACUGAUCACCUGUAUCCAGCUGCUAGGAACUACACAACUGGAAUGUUCCAGUGGCACAUGAAGAAAAUAUUUGAGUUUGCACCUGACACAAUUGAGUAUCUGGAGACACACCACAGUAGAAUAUGGUAUAGAUGUGGGUUCUCUGAAAACAGCAAGUGUGAUUACUUGACCAAUAAUGUGUCAGAGAGUUUCAAUGCUCAAGUGAAGAAGUUCAAAGGGUUGCUGUUGCAUGAACUAGUAGACAAGCUGAGGGAGCUCAUAAUGGAAAAGAGAUACUUGAGAAAGAAACUGGCUAGGCAGUGGCCAGAAGGAAUUCUGCCUAAUGUCAUGAAAGAAUUGAAUUUGAUUAGCAACCAGCUUAAGGUCAUAAAAGUUACAGUGAGUGAUGAUUACAUAGCUGAAGUCACCCUUUUGGACCAUUGGAACAAUAAAAAACGGCACACAGUGGACCUGCAGAAUCACAAAUGCUCUUGCAGGGAGUGGCAAGUUACUGGGAAGCCAUGUAGACAUGCUUUGGCCUGGAUAUUGUCUAAUAGGGGGAUCAAAAUUGAAGACUAUGUCCAUGAGUACUACUCAGUGGCUAGGUUCAAGAAAGCUUAUGAAGCCAGAGUUGAGGGAAUACCAGAUAGGUCCCAGUGGCCUCAAGUGGAUCUUGGUUUCAAAGUGCAUCCACCAUUGUUGGGCAGAGGACCAGGGAGGCCAAAGGUGCAAAGGAUUAGAGGGUGCAUGGAAAAAAGAACCACAAAGAAAAAGGUUAAAUGCAGCAGAUGUCGUGCACUAGGCCAUUUUGCAAAAACUUGCAAAGAGCCAGAGGUUGGUGAAGAUGGCGCAAAAGGGUUGAGCAGGAAUAAAAGGAAGAAGUGCACAGAAGAUGAUGCUGGCCCCUCCAAUGUGAAGAAACAGAAGACUCAACAGAAAAAGAAAGGUACCCCCAAAAAGAAGAAGACCCCUGCAAAGAAGAAGCAAAGAGGGCAGAGGCAAACCCACCUCCCACUGUUGUCACCAGCAUCCGAAAAUUAG